AUGAUGACUUUGCUCAACAACAACACAAAUGAAAUUGAUCGAAUCAGUGACUUACCAAGUAAUGUUAUUGAUGUCAUCCUAGGAAACUUGGAAAUCAGAGACCAAGUUAGCACUAGUAUUUUGUCAAAAAAGUGGAGGUAUCUGUGGACUUCAGCCCCACAUCUUUGUUUUGAUGACGACUUUUUUAGAAGACUUAUGGGUGUUCAUGACGAUGUAGUUUUUGAUAUCAUUAUGGAUGUUCUUAUGCUCCACAAUGGGCCUAUAUACAAGUUUUCUAUUGACCUAUUUAACAGUUUUGAGUUCAACACGGAAAAAUUCAAUAUGUUGAUUCCCUUUAUGUCAAGGGACAUUAAACACCUUGAGCUUGUGAUCUGCGGUUUCGGUUCUGUUGAAGAUCAAAUGCUAGAUAAUCUCUUCUUAGAUAUUCUCUUCUCUUGUAAGGAAUUGACUUACUUCAAAUUUAACGGAUGUAAAAAUUUGGCAAUUUCAUCUAAUUUCCGCGGCAUUAAAAAAUUGCUUGAACUUGACUUAGAGUGCGAUGAAAUCGAGUCUAGUGCACUUGAGACUUUUAUGUCUGGUUGUCCGAUUCUUGAAAAGCUCAGCAUUGGAUUCCGUUUUGGUUGUGAUCAUCUUGUUAUAUCUUCUCCUUCUCUCAAAGUCUUGGUGCUCGAAUUGUACAGUACAAAGUCUAUUUGUCUCAAGAAAGCAAACAAUUUGAUCGAUUUUACACUGAAGCUAUCUAAGCUUGGAACAAUUGUUUAUAUCAAAAGUUUGCCGCAAAUUAAGAAGUUUUCUCUGACCAAUUGGGGAGAGAUCCCAUUAGCAGAUAUCAUUCCCCCCACGUUGCUAACAAGCUCAUUCAGCUCUUUAGAGUAUCUUAAAUUGGAUGAGUUCAAUUUGAAUGAUAAAGGAGACAUUUUGUAUUUUGUCACUCUUCUCAAAAGUGCUCCUUGCUUGGUUAAACUUGUUAUAGAGGAUUGCAAUUUUAAUGACACCACACAAGUGUCAGAUCAUUUGAAGGAGUUAGAAUGCCGUAGUUGUUGCCUUAAACUUCAGACGGCGGAGAUCUUUGUUGCAGCUAGCACUCAGCAUGGAAUGAGUUUGAUACAGUUCAUACUUGGAAAUUCUCCUUUGUUGAAGACUCUUACUUUAAAUGUUUGUAGUUAUGGAGAAUUAGAUGGACCUAUGUUAAAAAUUUCACAAGACUUGUUACGGAUGGAACGAGCAUCACCAAGAGCACAGGUUAAUUUCAUUCACUCUGCUCAUAGAAGAAGGCAGGGUCCAAUGUACUUAUAG